UUUGCCGAUGGCGGUUCACUCUAUAAUCUCCUCAAAAAUCCGGACAAUCCCGAUCCCGAAUUCAAACAAAUCGUCCGCUGGGCAUUGCAGAUUGCCGCAGCAGUCAGGUAUUUGCACUACGAGGCACCCGAAAGAGUAAUUCACCACAAUUUGAAGUCGUUGGUUGUUUUGUUGUAUGGUAAAGAGAAGGUGUGCAAAUUGUGCGGUUUUGCGUGUGCUCGGGAUGAGAAGAUGGAUAAUCCGUUUAGUGGGACAAUCCCGUGGAUGAGGUGA